AUGAUCAUGGCACACCUCUCCAUGCGAGGGCUCUCCGUCACUAUCAUCCUCAGCAUCUGGACACAUGGACCAUCAGCUGUCCUGGGCUGCAGUCCACAGAUAGACUUGGACUUUGGCACUUUCCGGGGCACUGCUGAGUUGACUGGUGUCGAUAGCUAUCUCGGCAUUCCAUUUGCUCAUGCAGGUCGGUUUGAAAACCCAAUACUUGUAUCCCCUGAAAAGAAGCUUUCAGGAAUCCAGGACGCUACAACUUACGGCCCCGCAUGUGCACAGGGCUCAGUAGUAGUACCUGACCAAAGCCUGGCCCCCUUGGGUGACAUCUUGCAGACAGUUGCGGCAUUGGGCCCCCCUGGCACUUUGGUUGAAAGCGAAGACUGCUUGAGCAUCAAUGUACAAGUACCUUCUGGGGUGUCACCAGACGCGAAGCUUCCAGUUGUUUUCUGGAUCCAUGGAGGUGGCUGGGUUUCCGGUUCCAGCGGUGGCGUGACGAAUACCACGGCACUGGCAGACGCCCAGUGGCAAGGAGCCAGGCUGAGCCUAUUUGGAUUUCUAGCAUCCCAAGAAAUCACGGACGCUGGGGUCAGCAACCUUGGCCAAAAAGACCAACGUGCGGCAAUGCAGUGGGUGCAGAAGUACAUCGACAAAUUCGGCGGUGACCCAAGCAAGGUUACUCUAUUCGGUGAAAGUGCAGGCGCACUAUCAAUCGGGGCGCACCUUGUAUUAAAUGACGGAGACAAUGAAGGUCUCUUUCGAGCAGCCAUAAUGCUUUCUGGUGGCGUGCAUAAGUGGAAAGACUACAGGAGCGUACAGCCUAUCUUCGAGACAGUGGUUUCUCAGGUCGGCUGCGCAGAUGCCGUAGACAAAGUGAAUUGCCUGCGGCACUCGAAGUAUGAGGACUUGCUAGGCCUUGCAAAAACUCUCCCUGGCCUGGUUAGUUACCUCGGAACAUACUUUCCCUUCUCACCAAGACCAGAUGGGGUUUUCUUGAAGGAUUCUCCCCACCGAUUGUUGCGGGAGGGUCGGUACAGCAGAGUCCCAUACCUGAUCGGCGACACUAAAGAUGAGGGGACAAUAUUUUCCGUGAUUCCUCAGCUAAAUGUCACGACGAGCAAAGACUUCGAUAAUUACUUUGAACUCCUUUUCCAAAACCUUACGCCUCAACAAGUCGCGGCAUUCACAAGCCUAUACUCGGAGGAUCCGAAGGAUGGGUCACCUUUUGACACCGGAAACCGAACCUUUCUUGGCCCGCAAUAUAAGCGACUAUCGGCUGCACUUGGAGAUAUAACGUUCCAGAGUACCCGCCGAGACCUUUUGAACCUUACCUACAACACGCAAAAGGCAUACACUUGCCAGAUAGAACAGCCUGUAGUUAGGUUUGGCGACCUGCCCAUUGGGAACUUCAGUGCACUUGAAGUUCUAGGCUCGUUCCACUACUCCGACGUCGCUCUCAACGCGUUUGGACACAUACCCCCCACUGCUUCGAACAAUUCUUUGAACCUCAUGUCAACGAUAGUUGCAUUCACGAACAGCCUCAAUCCCAACUCGCACGGCUUAGAUCUUCCGGCGUGGCCAGCAUGGGACCCGCUUUCCAAGGCGAUCUUUCAAUUUUCUGAGGUAGACAACACGGUUAUAACGGAUGACUUCAGAGAGAAGCAAAUGGGAUUUCUCAACGAGAAUGCUGACAUCUAUACAUUCUAA